AUGGCAAGAAAACGCAAGAGCUCACCUCCUAGCAGACGUUCACCUAUAAGGUGGACUGCUCAGGAAGAUGGGAUCCUCAUCAAGACCGUCCACGCCUGCACAAUCCGUGGGGAAGACCAGUCUCUUCCAUCAGACAACAAGAGAGCAAGGAAAGAUACCAUCGCAUGGAAGCUGGUUGCACAGUCAUUGCCAGGGAGGACAAAUAGAGAUUGUCGCAAGAGGUGGUUCAAGAUCGACCGGCGCUGGUCGCAAGGGCCUUGGGCACCAGAUGAAGAGACACAGUUAAGGGAAGCUGUUGCAAUAUAUGGACCUGAAUGGGACGAGGUUUCAUUCUCAGUCAAAACAAGGAAUCCUGAUCGUGCGUGUCUUCUCAAAAGAGAUACGCAAAAAUGCUUAGAACACUGGGAGAAAACCCUCUAUCCAUUUGCUGCCAAUCAAAGCCGGGAACCGACGGAUGACAUGAAGCUGCCAGAAGUAGUUGCUCAUUCUGGCCAUCUAUCAAGUUACACCCAGGAGGGGCUAGCAGGACGACCAAUACUGGAAUUCAAAGACUGGUAA